AUGGCUUCCGGUGGUCAUCCUGAGGGAGCGGCGCUGGUCACCAGACAUGACCAGCUGGCUGGCAGUCUGGCUAGGCUGCAGAGACUGGCAGCGAGCAGGCAGGCCGCGCUCAUGGAGAGUGUGUGCAGCUCCGUGACGUCAUCUCGUGGUCGUCAUCCCUCCGCAGCGAGAUGUCAUCCCCAGCUGCCGCAGGCUCAGCAACAGCUGAGGACGGAGAAAGAGGCGCGCGACGACUGUUUCAAGGACGUACUGGCCAGGGCGCAGAGGUUACUGGAUGAGGAACGUCCCAGCUCAGCGGAGAUCGAGGAGCGUUGCCGCGCGGCAGGUGGCGUUGGAGCAGCUAGCUGA